UACGUAAAGUUUAUACUACAUAUAAUAUCUAUUCAUUAGAUCUGACAUAAAUGUGUUCGAACGUUUGUAAAGUUUUAGAUAUAAAGCUUGAAAGUGUUCAAAUGUUGUUAUAAAUUUUUCUAUAUAUUUAAUUAAUUUUCAUUCAUCUUUUGAUUAUCGGCAUUCGUCGUAACAAGCUCAACACUUGAGAUAUUUCAAGUUAUCUGAACAGGCUAAGUUAAGAGUUUUCAUAUAAAAAAUAAUUUUACAGCAACAUAUAUAUAUAUACAUAUAUAUAUAUAUAUAUAUAUUACGGUACUAAUAUAAUUGAAAUAAUGGGCAAUACAUUGACUUCUGCAUCUGUGUCAGCCGCUGAUGUAAUUAUGCCAAUACAGCAUAAUCAACAACUAUCUAAAUCUGUAAUACACGAAUCAGAAAAAUUUCAAAAUGUACCUCCACCAGAAUGUCCCAUGCAUAUGAAAACAAAUCAACAGUCAUCUAAAACAUCUAUGUCAGAAUGUCCAAUAGAUCAUAUGACUGAAAAUGAAAUAAAUCCUCUUAACAUGAUGCCACCUGCCAAUCAACAACCAGCACCUGAUCAACCUUUUCCUUUACCAACUGACAGACAAGUCUCAUCAAUACCAAAAGCAACAGGAGAUGGUGAAUUUUGGGUUUACCCAUCACAACAAAUGUUUUGGAAUGCUAUGUUAAGAAAAGGAUGGCGUUGGAAAAAUGAUGAUAUAUUGCCAAAAGAUAUGGAUGAUAUAAUAAAAAUUCAUAAUACUAAUAAUGAACAAGCAUGGCUGGAAGUUCUUAAAUGGGAAGCACUUCAUGCACGCGAAUGCAAUUGUCCUAAAUUACGUAGUUUUGGUGGAAAGGCUAAACAGUAUUCACCACGUGCACGAAUUCGGCAUUGGUUAGGAUAUGAAUUACCAUUUGAUCGUCAUGAUUGGAUAGUAGAUAGAUGUGGUAAAGAUGUACGAUAUGUUAUUGAUUAUUAUGAUGGUGGAGAAGUAGAUGAAAAAUAUAAAUUUGCUCUUCUUGACGUAAGACCAGCUAUGGACUCUUGGGAAAAUAUUUGGGAUCGCAUGAAAGUUGCUUGGUGGAGAUGGAGAUAUAGUAAUGAAGUGCAAGAACAAACAUCUACAGUCCAAAUAUAUUAAAAUAUAGUAUUUAUAGAAAUUAGAUAGAUAUUUUAAAUGAAUUACACUAUAAAAAUAAGUAUAAAGAAUAUUGUAAUGCAUUUUUCCAUUUCAACAGAUGUUAAACAAAAAUACAGCUAUAUCAUGGAAUUUUAUUUUAUUGAUUGUAUGAAAAUUACUAUAGAAGAAUUACACUUUCUGAUUAUACAUAAGACAUAAUUCACAAUGAAUAUGUAUUGCGUUAACAUUAUAAUAUAAAAUGAAAAUAGUAGUAUUUUUAAUUUUAUCUUUAUUUAUUGAUACCAUAAAAAAUUAAUUAAUAUAAGAUAUUUUUAAAAAAUAUAUAUAAUCCUUUUACUUAUGUUUAAAAAUUCAUUAUCAGAUAUUAUACACACUGUCACAACUUACACAUUAACUUGCCAGCAAGUAGGAUUUAUGAGAUGCAUGUCCACGCAUAUACUAUAUUUAAAAAAUGUAGAAGAAAUAAGGAAAUAUUUAUUAAAAUAUUAAAUGUAAUGUAAUAUUAUAAGUUAGGAACAUAUGUGGAAAACCAAGUAUUCAGUCCUUUAAAGAUUUUACAGUAAUAUGUAUAAUCGACUUAAUUAAAAUUAUAUUAAAAAAAUGUUACAAUACAAUACUGCAAAUGAUACAGAAUUAUUUGUUUUGUAAUUAUAUAUUAAAUUUUAAUUAAUAUUAAUAAAAAUUAACAUAAGAUAUUAAUAAGAUUAAGAUAAACAUUUACCUGCAAACAAAUAAUUAAUUUGUUAUCAUUUCUGAAUAAUGUAACUAUUAAGGAAUAUUCACUAAUUAAUGAC